AUGGACCACGAAGGAUUCCAUUACAAUUGUACCAAGACUACUCGUGAAGGCAAACGUUAUUACAUAUGUGCUACUCCAAAUGUGUAUUGUAAAGGUACAGCAAUUAUGUUGGAGAAUGGUACAGUUAUAACAAAAAAGCCACAUACCCACGAAGGAAAUGAUAUAGGUUCUAUUAAUAUUGAUCUAAAAAAACAAUUUAGAAGUGUUCUGGUAGAAAGGGCAAAAAAUGAAACCAAACCACUGAAAUCCAUCUAUGAUGAAGAAUCAAUUCGGAAUCCAAAUGCAGCUGUACUUUAUGCAUGGCCCAGUGCAGAAUCACCAAUGCGUCAAGCUCGUAGACAGCAUGUUCCACCUCUACCAUCUACUUUACGUGAGCUAGGACAAUAUUUGGAUCUAAAUAUUAACAAAUAUCAGUGUAGCAAUCAGCCAUUUUAUCAGGAAUGGAUUGUGGAUAGAGAUGGUAAAUUCAAUGUCAUGUUUGCUUGCCAUGACCUCAUAAACUCUGUAGUUCAUGAAGGUGGUACAGAGUUGCAUGCCGAUGGAACUUUCAAAGUUGUGCCAUCUAAUCCACACUGUAGGCAACUUUUUAUCAUACAUCUGAUUUUACAAAAUCAUUCCAUCCCUAUUUGCUUUGUAUUGAUGGAAGCUAAGACCGAGGCUUCAUACAAGAAGGUGUUGGAGCGCUUUAAGAUGAAAUUCCCUUCUGUAAGACCAAGUACAAUCAUGAUUGAUUUUGAGACAGGCCUCCGAAAUGCUUUUACUGCAAUUUAUCCCGAAGCAAACAUAUUUUCUUGUUGGUUUCAUUACAUACAGAGUCUACAGAAGAACAUUAAAAAGUUGGGUUACACACGUUAUGUUAAAGAGAACAUGGCAGCAAAAAUGUGUGUCAAAAUGACAGCAGCUUUAGCACUAUUACCAGAACAUCAAAUAGAAAUGGGUUUUGAAGACAUAAAAAUGUAUGCUCAAGCUAAUAAUGUACAGCUUCCAAGGUUUUUUAUGUAUUUUUCUAGCUUUUGGAUUAUUAGGAAUGGACCUGAAUGUUUUACUGUACAUGGUCAACCACGCCGUACAAAUAACAAUGUGGAAAGUUUUCAUUCAUCCCUAAAGCAAACUUUUCAGGUACUGCAUCCAAACCUGUGGACAUUUCUUGAACAUCUGAACAAUAUAACCAUCAAGCAGCACACCAUUGUACAGCAACUAUCUAGGGGUGUGCCAACAACAAGGUCCACUAAAUUUAAAUAUAUUUUAAAUUCAGAGAGAAUAAGAAAUUCAACUGACCUUUUAACGACUGGUGUAAUAACCAUUAAAGAGUUCCUCAUUCAAUGCUCUCAUGUUGCAGACUCUUAUUUAGAACGAGAAUUAAGCUGGGAAGAUGAAGCUCAAAGCUCUGAUGAAGAAGUACCAAUUAUGUAUCCUCGACAAAAUGCCAUCCUUCCUGUAGAAGAUAACCCAGCCAUUGAAGAUUCUGUAGACAUCAUUGAGCCACCCAUUGAUAGAAAUUUAAUUCCAGUUGAUCAAAUUAUUCAGGAACCAGAAGUUAAUAUUGUAGAAGAUUAUGAUGAAAGGGACUUCACCAUCCCUGAAAAUCAGGAAAUGGGCAUCUGGCAACAAUUGUUUAUGGAUGGCUCGGAAGAGGAUGAAGUUCCAUUUGUACAAGUUCCAAACAAUCUUUAUGAACUCUAUCCCCCAGUUGAUGAAGAAAACAUUUGUACGGUGUGCAGAGUGGCUCAAAGGACACAUGCCCUUGUGCCUUGCGGGCAUAGAGUAUUGUGUGUGGAUUGCAUGACACAGUUGGAAGCACAACGUUGCCCACUUUGCAAUAUUGAGUUUGUAAUGGCAUUACGUAUUUGCUCAUCCAUCAACUUUUUGACGCACUUCAAUAUUGGUCGUAUCGUCUUGAAAUUGUCGAGGUUCAACGGAGCGAAACCUCUAGAUCAACUUUCUGUUCUCCAAAAAGUCGCGACUAUUCGGUAA